AUGGGUACCCGGGGCGAUGUUGAGACGCAAUUAGUCACAGGGAAGACUUACGCCACAGAGGAAGUCUGGGACUGUCACCGUUCGAUCAUUACCAAACUCUACCAGGAUGAUAGAAGGCCGUUGAAGCAAGUUAAGCUGAUGAUGGAGCGUGAUUACAGCUUUCAUGCCACUGAAAGAAUGUACAAGACUCGACUUCGUAGCUGGGGGCUCGAGAAGAAGCUCAAGGAGUCUGAGGCCUUGCAUAUAGCCCAGCUUAAAGGAGAGCGCGAAGCUAUGGGAAAGAAAACAGAGUUCUACAUUCGAAACCAGCGAGUCCAUUGGGAAAGAGUUGCACGCUAUUUGGAGAGACGUCCCGAUUUGCGCCACAAGCUUCGUGCCUCCGCUAAGACUCCCGCUAAUGCAGGCCUCGACAUAAUUUGCCGGACACCCUCGCCAUCUCUUGAACUUCCCGCUUUCAUAGGUGGGCCCCCUGAAGUACGGCUACCUGAAGAAAUGCUACGGAUCUUCAAGGGCUAUUUUGAAGGGGGUUUGGAAGGCGGGUGGGCAAUAGAGGAGGACAUGAUACAUGGAUUCGACGAUGAGUUCGGCCAAUUACGGGUCAUUGAAAUGCGUACCGAUCUGGAUAAUGCAAUUACCUUAUUGGGGAUGAACAAGCUAGAGGCUGCUUUUCGCGCCUUGAACAAUAGCCUCGAUUCGCUCGGCCACGCCAUAAAAGAGCAAGACCCGCUUCUCUUUUACAUCCUGUCCUACCGCGCCAUGCAGCUUGGGCCUACGAUAUCCGUCCCUGUUGUUGCUUUCAUCCACAAGAUGCACGAAACGAUAUUGGGCCCUCAACACCCCCUUGCUCUUGUAUGGAGCAGAUUCAGGUGCCUGUCACUUGAACUUCGUGCUACGACCCUCGGCAUGAUGGCUGGCAGUAGUGUGCAGCUUCUCAAAGGACAACAGGGGAUCCUGAACAGAGUGGUAGCACUAGCUCUCGGCUCGACGUCAAAUAUUCUGGACAAACCGGGUGAGACAGACAUAAGCCAGUUUGGCGAGCUCCUAUCCAAGUACACUGCAGCCAGCGAAGCACACUUUGCAGAAGGAAAUUACCAAAGCUCCUGUGAAUGUCUCUCGGUAGUGGCCGGGAUCUAUUCAUGGGGACAGGAAUAUGAGCUGGCAAAGGAAGAACUGGCACGCGCACACUCUCUGAUUCAGGACAAUAAAGGUAAUCCCGAGAGACCAUGGCUUCUUUUGGAGCUCUCUCACUACGAAGUCAUGGCUCGGCUAUGCUAUCAGACUGGUUCGGUUGACGAGGCUGUCGCGUAUGGGUGCAAGGCAUAUGAGCAUGCAGCCGAGCAUUUUCAGAGACAAGACAAGCACCAAUCGCUGAGAGCCAUACGGAACCUCAUUGACCUCUAUCACUCGGCUGGUCGAGAAGACGAAGCUGAGCAAUGGUGCGACAUACUGAUUGCGAACAUGUCAAGAAAGAGACAAGUUUAG